CUAAAACGUCAAAUAGCGAGAAAUGUCAAAGCACAUGCAAAAUUAAAAUUGAAUAACACUGAAAAUUUAAUUUUUUCAAGUUUUGCAGCUGAAUUCAAUACAAAAAUCCAUCAUGAAUGCAUUAAAACUGCUCCAAAAUGGCUUAAGGGCACGAAAUGUUUUUAAGCCAAUGUUGAUACCAAGACCUGCAAUUUCACGUCUUUACAGUACAGAAAAGACCCCGACGACGUCGGAGAAGGACCCAGAUAUGCCAAUUUCGAUGGAAAAUCCCUUCGAAAAGGAAAAGAAAAUUUGUAUUCUCUGUAAAUUCAACAUUGAACCGGAUUACAAGAACGUGCGGUUACUUUCCCAGUUCCAAAGUCCCUAUACGGGACGCAUUUAUGGCAGACACAUUACCGGUUUGUGCAAAAAACGACAAGAACAGGUCGAAAAUGCGAUCCAAAAGUCCCUGAAUGCCGGAUUAAUGCCUUCGUAUCACAAACAAGUGCAAUUUGUGAAGGAUCCGCAACUGUUUAAUGCCCAAAGACCCUUAAAACCACACAAAUAUUAAAAAUUAGGAGCUUUUAGUAGACAAAAAAUAAUAAAAAAAUUAAAUUUUAAUAAAGUUUCAAUAAUUUAAUGCGAAAAAAUUGGCUAGAAAAG